AAUAUUAUCUGCCUAUAGUGUUAACUGUGGAUGUACAUGCAAUUACAAAAAUAAAUGUAGGCUACAUAGCGAUCGAAUGGCUUAUCAUAUAUCAAUGUUAUAUAAUAUAUGAUGAGAAUAAUAGCCUAUCUACAAACGGCGGUAUUCAAAUGAGGUUUUACGACAAGGCAUUUAUGUUGUAUUUUUUUGUUUCUUUUCUUUUCGGCUUUUUGAAGAAUGUGCAGCUGCGCAGUGACUAUAGGCGGAUGACAAAUAGGCUAUACCCACACGAGGUCGCUACCUCACCAAAGUUUAGUAGCUUAUUAUAGCCUACAUAACACUUUGAUACGAGAGUUUGUCAAAUAAACCCCAAAGCAACCAUCCGUUUAUAGGAUCGUUUUAAGCUUUCUUUUUAACGUUAUUUUCCUGGGGGUCACGCUAUGCGGUAAUUGAGAAAAAGUUAGGCUACAUUCUCCAAACCGAUUAGGCUAUAUUCUUUAGGCUCACGGGAGGAGCGCUUUGAGAGAAAAAUAUGAAAAAUGUAAAUAUACAUGUUUUUCACCAUCCGACUACUCAAAGGGAAGAAGAAAGCAAACCCGUUUUAACUAGUUUUAAAGCCAGGUUCGUGCGCACAUUCGGGUGUGGCCAAAGGAAGCAGACUUGAACAGCGCAGAUUUGAACAGCAUUUGGCGGUCAAAUAUCAGAUAAGUAGCCUCUUAUCUGCAGCCUCUUAUAGCGAUAACUUAAACUAAUUAAUGGAUCGUUUAAAGUUGGUUCUGCAAUAUUUCCAGUCAAAUUCUGAGUCCAUCUCCAAUGGUAUCUGUAUAAUAUUGUCACUGAUAAGCGUCAAGUUGUAUACAAGUUUUGAUUUCAACUGCCCCUGUUUACCGCAAUACAAUAAGAUGUACGCACUAGGGGUCAUGUUCGUUCCUCCAAUUAUAUUGUUCCUUUUGGGAGUGUUAGUUAAUCGUCAUACUGGGGUCCUGAUGGAAGAGUGGGUCAGACCCCUGGGCAAGAGGACAAAAAAUCCAGCAGUGGUAAAAUUUUUGCUGUCAUCAAUGUUGCAACGGUCCCUUCUGGCACCCAUGGUCUGGAUUCUGAUGACACUCUUGGAUGGAAAAUGUUUCAUCUGUGCAUUUAGUAUGAAUGUAGACCCUAAAUAUUUUACAGGAAUACCAAACAGCACUGGCCUAGAACUGAUCAAGAUCAUGGCUAAGGUGCCUUGCAAAGAGGAUGUCAUCUUCAAAAACAGCAGUUUUCGGAAAGCUGUCUCACGAUAUGUGCGUUGUUACUCUCAGGCAAUAGGCUGGUCAAUCCUCCUCUUCUUCAUUUUUUUGGGCGCUGUGGGUCGUGUCCUAAAGCCUUGCUUCAAUCACGCCACUUUUCUGCAGACACGCUACUGGAGCAAUUACCUGGACAUUGAGCAGAAGCUCUUCGAUGAGACCUGUGUCCUUCAUGCCAGAGAUUUUGCCAGAAAAUGUGUGGUGCAGUUCUUUGAGAGUAUGCGAGAAGACGUGACUGUGAGAAUGCCCCUCUCAAGUGCAUUCAGACCCAGCACAAUCCAUAAUGAAUAUGAAGAGGAAGAAGAGGAGCGUCUGCACGGUAUAACCAGACAAGAUCAGGUGGAUCACUUGCUGCAGACCUGGUACGAGUGUAAACCAGAGCUGGACGUGACCAGGAUGGCCUAUAAGUCCAAAGUGUGUAUCACUUGGGAAGAUAUCAAUGGAAAGGCAUUGUUCUCUGAAGUGUAAA